GGAGCUGCAGCGACGGCGGCCGCGGGAGCAGGGCCGGCCAUGGCGGUGUGGACGCGGGCCACCAAAGCGGGACUGGUGGAGCUGCUUCUAAGGGAGCGCUGGGUGCGGGUGGUGGCCGAACUCAGCGGCGAGAGCCUGAGUCUGACGGGUGACGCCGCGGCGGGCGAGCCCGAGCCGCCGGCUGCCGCCUUCAACGGUCUCCCGAACGGCGGCGGCAGCGACUCGCUGCCCGGGAGCCCGAACCGCGGCCUGGGGCAGCCCAGCCCUCCCGCACCGCCUCGCGACCCCGCAGGGGAGGCGGGCGCCUCGCCGCCCGUGCGCCGAGUGCGAGUGGUGAAGCAGGAGGCGGGCGGCCUGGGCAUCAGCAUCAAGGGCGGCCGCGAGAACCGGAUGCCGAUCCUCAUCUCCAAGAUCUUCCCGGGGCUGGCGGCCGAUCAGAGCCGGGCGCUGCGGCUGGGCGACGCCAUCCUGUCGGUGAACGGCACCGACCUGCGCCAGGCCACCCACGACCAGGCCGUGCAGGCGCUGAAGCGCGCGGGCAAGGAGGUGCUGCUGGAGGUCAAAUUCAUCCGAGAAGUAACACCAUAUAUCAAGAAACCAUCUUUAGUAUCAGAUCUGCCAUGGGAAGGUGCCACUCCCCAGUCACCAAACUUUAGUGGCAGUGAAGACUCUGGUUCUCCAAAACAUCAGAACAGCACCAAGGACAGGAAGGUCAUCCCUCUCAAAAUGUGCUUUGCUGCCAGAAACCUAAGCAUGCCAGAUCUGGAGAACAGAUUGAUAGAGCUACAUUCUCCUGAUAGCAGGAACACCUUGAUCCUACGCUGCAAAGAUACGGCCACAGCACACUCCUGGUUCGUAGCUAUCCACACCAACAUAAUGGCUCUCCUCCCACAGGUAUUGGCUGAACUCAAUGCCAUGCUUGGUGCAACCAGUACAGCGGGAGGCAGCAAGGAAGUCAAGCAUAUUGCCUGGCUGGCAGAACAGGCAAAACUAGAUGGUGGAAGACAACAGUGGAGGCCUGUUCUCAUGGCUGUGACCGAGAAGGAUUUGCUCCUUUACGAUUGUAUGCCAUGGACAAGAGAUGCCUGGGCAUCACCAUGUCAUAGCUACCCUCUUGUUGCCACAAGGUUGGUUCAUUCAGGUUCUGGAUGUCGGUCACCCUCCCUUGGAUCUGACCUUACCUUUGCUACAAGGACGGGCUCUCGGCAGGGCAUUGAGAUGCAUCUCUUCAGGGUUGAAACUCAUCGCGAUUUGUCCACCUGGACCAGAAUACUUGUUCAGGGUUGUCACGCUGCUGCUGAACUGGUCAAGGAAGUCUCCCUAGGCUGCACCUUAAGUGGCCAAGAGGUAAGAUUCACUGUCCACUAUGAGCAUGGGUUCACUAUCUCCAGAGACAAUGGCGGCUCCAGCAGCAUAUUGUACCGCUAUCCUUUUGAACGGCUGAAGAUGUCUGCUGAUGAUGGCAUCAGAAAUCUCUAUCUGGAUUUUGGUGGUCCUGAGGGAGAACUGACUAUGGACCUGCAUUCUUGUCCAAAGCCGAUUGUAUUUGUGUUGCACACGUUCUUAUCCGCCAAAGUCACUCGAAUGGGACUGCUCGUAUGAGCAGCAGCAAGAGUCAAGAAAGCUUCGACUGUCACAAGAAGUAUUUCCACCUCAAAAAAAUAAAAAUCAAAAAAAGCAACAACAAAGAAGCACAAAAGAAGCCCUGCUCUCCUCCAUCACAGUGCCUUCCCACGAACCUCAGAUCACUGCUGAAACCACAGGGUUAAAGCAGGGCCAACCUUUCCCACGCAGCCUUGGUCAGGAGUUCUAGAACUGUAAUAAGCUCCAAAUUGAAGCUGUUGAUUUGUCGUCUCAUAUUGUGAUCGCUAAGUAAUUGUGUUUAUUUCCCCUGUUAGGAAAGCUGGCUCUUUGGUUAUAAACAGUCAGAGAAGUUCUCCUUUUCUUCCUGCAGGGUUCGUGUGGGGCUUAGCCCUGAGCUCUUGUUAGGAUAACUGUGGCUCCCCAGAUGCUAGUGUCCAGCAGCCCAGCAUCCCACACAGUUCAAUUGCACACAGCGUUCCUGUCUUUACCUGUAAUUCCCCAAUGGUUCUUCCAUCCACCCUUGCUCUCACUGACCUCACCCUGCCCCACACCUUACCUGACACCAGCUCUGCCGCUCGUGAGUGCUACCUUUGCCUUCACUCACCUUUUUGGUGAUUGGCCAAGUUGAAAAUCUAGUUGGAAACCGCUUCUCUGAAAAAGGAGUUUACUUCCUUUAGUUUUUAUUGAGUUUAUAUUUGGUAAGAGCCUGGAGAUGGUCUAAAGUUUAUUUUGCAAGAAAGAUUCUUAUUCUAAGCUAAGCCAUUUCUUAUUGCUUACCAAAUGUGCCUUUGGUUAGGGUCUGUGGAGCUUUAUUCGUGACUGUUUAACUGAUUGGAUCUCACUGCCAUUCUAGGAAGACCAUCUAGCUUUGAGGAGUCAACCUUUAGGUCGCUUCCUAAUGGCAUCUUUCAGUGGUGACUUUGUGGGUCGUUAGCUUUGCAGCACAGAUGCCAUGUCAAGUGGCACUGUGGGGCCAGGAAAGAUCCUGGCACUGGACAAGUCACCUGCAGCUCUUCCCCACACACCCUGAGUGGGUGGAGUGAUGAGACACGCGGCAGCCGCCUGCUUUGGUUCAGCUCAGUGUCAUCAGGACUCAGCCUCAGGGUGCUUUCUGAUGUUGUGGCCUGGAUAAAUCAUAUCCAGCUUGUUUUCCCUGGCUUGGAAGAAAAUAGAUGUGUGUAGAAACAUUUCAAAUAGUCUCACUACAUAAAAUACCCAUAUUAGCACAAACCCUAAAUCAGAAAAAAAAGAAAUAUUGACUUAGAGUUUUCUAUGCUCUCUGAAAAAAAUGUCUAGAAAUAGCUCUCCUUUUCUAGAUUUCUCUGGAGUGUGCUACAUAGCCAUGUAAUGCUUCAAAUGGGUUAGGAGAGAAAAGGAAAGAAAACACAACUGUUCACGCAGAGCCUGAGGUGUGAAGUUUGGGUGCCUUGACUGACAAGUGGUCUAGAGGAAAUGACAGAUUCCCAAGUAGAGCAGGUGCCCACUGUCCUCCGCCUUCUCGGCGACAGGCCUCCCCCUGCUCUGUGCAGUCAGACUGGUGGUGCACAAAGGCUAAGGAGGAAUGUCCCCCACCCCAGCUUCAGACAGGUAUUGGCGCACCAAAAAUGACUGUUGGGACCCACUUUAAACUAGAAACUAAGAUCUAAAGGACAUCUUUCUAGAACUUUUUAUAUUUUAAGUAGUUGUAAUCCUGAGAUUGGAUCCAUCCACGAUACAUCUUCUACUCAAAAAAAGAAAGAAAAAACAUAUUUCAAAGGUCCCCCCGAGUUCAGAAAGCAGAACUACAACAGAUAACCUCAGGCGGAGGCUCAAAUGCUCUUGUUAUUAGGAAUUAUGAACGGCACCAGCUUCAGUGGUAGAGUUGAAGUCUUCCAUAUUGGUGGGAAAGGCUAAGCCACCAAGAUUGACGGGAGCUUCUGCCACCCUGUCCCUAGGAGAGCGUGAGUGGUGUGACGACUGGGCAGGUAAGGUGAGCAUCUGCUUGUCUGAGACUGCGGCCCAUGGGGUCCUUAACUCUACCAUUCGGUCCUGGUGGAAGAUGAAGGCGUAUGGGUGAUUUUGUGUCAUUAACAGCCGGGAGAACCAGGGCUCUGAGCGCUUGUUUGAGAAGCUGUCGCCGCUCUCCCACAGCUCUCCCAGGCACACGCUCAACGAGUUGUGUCACAUUAACUAAAAAUGGGCAUCCCUGUUAAUUCACCUCUUUUAUAGAAUCAGCUAAAUUGUUUUUUUUCUUUUGACUAUUAUUGGGAUGUUGUGGGAUCCUGGGUGUUGAGUAGAAAGGAAACUGCAGAGUGCGCCGCUCAGGUGGACCAUUUCCUAGGUAUCUUUGCAUUCCAUACCUGGAUUGCUGGCCCUGGGCAGAGAAGUCUCCUCCCCCAGGAAAGAGGAUAAAGGGAGCUGGUGUUAUCUACAAGCCUUGCCCAGAAAUUGGUAUCAAAUAUUUUAUACAAGAAAUGUGCAUGUGUGUUUGCUGUGCCUACUAGAAGAUUAUAAGUAAAGGCACCAACUUGUAAACAGUUUCAGGUUAAAUUCUGGGAUAUUAUGGGCAAUCAGAAAUGUUACUUUAGUUACCAUCUGCUUAUUUUGAAGCCGUGUUUAGCACUUUUCAGCCCAGGGUAAGUCUGAUCGUGCCUGGUGGGGUUUCUUGUUUUUUUGUUUUUGUCUGAACUCUUAGUUUGUUACUGGAAAUUAUUUGCAUGGUAGGAGAGAUUGAAUUAUUUAUUUUUUAUAUGUAGAAAAAUCUCUCUAGCCAACAGAAAGCUAACAUUGUUUCUGAUUUAUUUGUUUUACUAACAUCCUUCUGAAAGAAUAGUAGCAAAGCUUUUGUUCAACUGAAUAAAUGCACUUAGCUGAUAAACCAAAAUUUAUUCUUUCAAAAGAAGAAAUUAUCACCAAAAAAUAUUAAACUUGAACUUUGAACAUGAAUAUGCUCCCCCCCAAAAAAAAGGUUUUACUAUGAAUGAUUUGGAUGAACAAAAAUGUGUAGAGAAGAUUACUGAUUUCUUAAAAUUUUGUAAGAAACUCAAAGUCUUCUUGUUUAAUUUAAAUUCGUGUGGAUUUGUUUUCAAAUUCAUCGAAGACUCUGCCAGUGUGUUAAUGCAAAUUACCUUCCAAGCUGCUAUGCAAACUUGUAUUGAAGCCUCACCUGCUAAGAGGGUUCAGCUGUUUUGAAGUGUUCAGGAAAGAGACUCCAGCACUUUCUCUGUUCUUUUGUAUCUUUGUUGGACACUUACCUGGAUCAUAAUUUAUUAUUCUCACUGGUUCAAGCUAUUGAUUGUACAUUAUAUUUAAACUAUCCAUACAUUCUGCUUUUAUUCCCAAGUAGCUGCCAGCAGCUCUAGGUACCAAGAAUGAACUGAGUCCUUAGAAAGCUGGGCUCGGGACAGUGAUUGCACACACCUUUAAUCCCAGCACUCAGAAGGUAGAGACAGGUAGAUCUCUGUGAGUUUGAGGCCAACCUGGUUUAUAGAGUGAGUUCCAAGACAGACAGAGCUACAAAGAGAAGAUAAACAAAACAACAACAACAAAAAAGAAAUCUGGGCUCAGUGGUUAAGAGGGCUUACUACUGAACCAUGAGGAAUGGAGCUCAGAUCCCAGCACCCAUGUCCAAUUACCCAGGAAAGCAAGGAAGCUUUCUCUACUGAGGAAGUCAAAUGCCAGGUCACUUAGUUCUUAAAAGCACAUUGCUCUGGAUGGUAUUUAAUAUGUAGCACUACAGUGGGAAUCAGUGCUUGGAAAGCUAAACCAGGUUUGCCAGGCACCAGGGCUACACAGCAAGACUGUUUCAAAACGAUAAAAUUCUAGUACCUGGUAGCUGCAGGCAGAGAAUUAAAGAUUAGUUGUAUAGCCAGUUCGAGGCCAACUGGAUUAUAUAUGAUACUGUCUGAAAAAAUAAAAUAGAUAAAUUUGAAAUUGCGAGAACCUUAGUUGAAUUUUACUUUAGUUGAAUUCUACAAAAAUCAUACUUAUUCCUUCAAAUGUUUGGGUCAGGCACAUGAACCAGGUGGAGUUAUGGUCAUCUGUGAGCUUAGGAAGCUUUCUGUGCAUUAUGGUUGUUUUGUGGCUCUUCCUCUGCUGAAGAUAAAAGAAACUCUGCAUUUUCCCAUUGUUCCUUCUCCAUGCCCUUUUAAAAAUACUUGAUAAUCUAUUGAUUUUUAGUUUCAAUAGAAUCCUUAGAAGCUGAUAGCAGUUACCCUGAACCAUCUUUAAACGCCACUCUUCUCUGUGCUGGACAUCUAAACCCUCACUAGAGUGUAAUGGUAGAUGGAAGUCAUGCUGCGUGUCAGCGCUAUGUGUUUUCGAGCAACGUAGUUGUCCCAUGCUAUAGUGUCGUAAGUAGAAGUUAUUCAUUCUAGCAGUAGACUACGCAAGUAGCUGAUCUGAAACCUGUUCUCUUUAAAAAAUGAAAUGGCCUGGAGGUGUAGCUCAGUACUAGAAUGCCUGCCCAGCAUGUGCAAGGCCCUGGGGCUCUCUGGAACACUGCUCAAAACAACACAAACCCAUAUCUAGCUGAUCAGUAAUACAAGUUUAUCAAAGGCAAGAUUUCAGGCUGAGGUUCAGGAAAUGGCCACAGGGGGCACAUUAUUUUCUUUUUUCUUCCACAUUAUUUUCUUAUCUCUUAUCCAGCAGUGGCCAAAUCAACUAGAAAAAUGGUUGUUAUAUUAACUCAGAAAAACACGAGUUCUUUUUCUUUUUACUGCUAGACAUUGGCAUUGACCCCAGGCAGGUCCUUAGUUAUGCUAAGUAUACAGUCAGUACUACCGUGUGAUAUAUUCUUAUAUUCCCAGCCCCUUUGAUUUCAGAAUAACAAGUUUUGGUUUUCUUCUUGGUUUGUAUAUAUACUCUCUCAUAUGACCUAGGUCAGCCUCAAAUUGCUGGUCCUUCUGCCUCCAACUUAGUACCAGGAAUCACAGCUGUGUACCAGCUUCAAGCUAAACUUGAACAUCAUUUCUUGCCACCUCUAUUUUCCCAUCCCACUUUGGGUGACUGGAUCAAAGCGUUUUCUAAGAUUUAUUUUUCUUUUAUGUGUGAGUGUUUGCUACACGUGAAUCCAGGUCUUCUGCAGGUGCAGCCAGUGCUCUAACCACUGAGCCAUCUCCAACCAGUUUUUGAGGUGUAAUUCCAGCACUUGGGAGGUGUAAGGCAAGGAAGAUCAAAGUCAUUCUUAGCUACAUAGAGAUUUGAGGCUAACCUGGAAUACAUGAAACCUAACUCAACAAUUUUGUAUAUGUGAAUUUAAUGUAAUAUCUAAAUCUGCCUUUUUGCAAAUUAUUCUUUGCUGUCAAAUAUCAAUUGGGGUGUGUGUGUGUGUGUGUGUGUGUGUGUGUGUGUU